GCAUUCUCUAAUCCGCCCCUUUGUUAAUUUGUCAUAGAAACAUUAAGGCUUGAUAAACUGAGGUCAGGGGCGAGUUAUUCAUUACACUGACUGUGCAAGCGCUAGGAUAUCACACCGAAAAAUAUAUCGGCUUCACUCAUCAGUCCUGGUGACUUAAGAGAAGCGUGAUGGAAACAGGCACAAUUUCGGUGGACCCACGUUGGAAACGUGACCUGGAGUUGCUUUUUAAAGCCCAAAGAACUGCGAGCAAUUUUAUUACUUCAUCUCUAGAAAAAUGUUUUUACAGAUUGGGUAGAGUAGUUGGCAGCAGUCCAUGGAUCACCAUCUUUAUUUCAUUAGUCAUUAGCGGAGCGUGCCUCUUAGGUGUCCUUAAGUUUAAAAAGGAGAAUAGAGUGGAUAAGCUUUGGACACCAGGCGGUUCAACCGUACAAAGACACAAAUUGUGGAUACAAAAGAACUUCCCGGCGCAGAUGAGAGCGUCCAGUGUGCUUCUUGUGGCCAAUGAUGUCCUUACUCCUGAAGUUAUGAAAGAGGCUUUCAUGGUCUAUGAAAGAGGAACAAAAAUUGAUCAUAAGACCAAAUAUUCCUGGGAGAAUGUUUGUUUUAGGAUUGGCCCGAUUUGUUUAGAAAGCGGCUUGUUGGAGCUGUGGUCCUUUGACGAAACUACAAUAAACCGUCUGACAAGAGAAGACAUUUUGGAAAAGAUAAACCAAGACGUAAUAAUAAGUCCAAUGACCAGAAAAAAGUUUGAGUUAUCAAAGUACCUGGGAGGAAUCAAUAGGAACUCAACAGGACACGUGGUUACUGCAGAAGCUACUACUCUUUUGUUUGGAGUCAAAUUCAAACCAAAACUGAAUGCAAAGGAAGGACGUUUGGAGGAUAAGGUGGUCGAGAAAUGGGAAACAGAGUUCAAUAAACUAAUGGACACGACUAAAACAACCAAUGCGAAGCUUUACUACAUGACAGAAGUUGGAUAUAGAGAAGACGCAGACAAAAGUAUUCAAGACGACAUCGUUCUGCUUUCCUGUGGAUACAUCCUAGUUAUUUUCUACGUUUCUGUGAUGCUGGGAAAUUUCAGUCGUAUGAACAUCAAGGUUUGGCUUGCGUUAUUUGGGGUUCUUUGCGUUGGUUUAUCUAUUGGUGUGUCAUUUGGAAUAGCAAGUGCAAUUGGAAUUUUCUACGGUCCAAUUCAUUCCACAUUACCUUUCCUUUUACUUGGUAUUGGAGUGGACGACAUGUUUGUGAUCGUUCAAGCUUGGAGCAACUUGGCACCAGAAUUAUGUCAGACUCAAUCAAUAGCAGAACGACUUGGACUUGCUCUAAAACAUGCUGGAUGCUCGAUCACCAUCACAACUUUGACGGAUUUUCUUGCCUUUCUAAUAGGAUCAACUACGAUCUUACCCGCCCUGAGAUCAUUCUGUAUUUAUGCGGCAAUAGGUGUUUUGGCAGACUUCAUCCUUCAAGCUACUUUAUUCACAGCACUAUUGGCUAUUGACGCGCGAAGGCAGCAGAAAAGGAAAGAUGGCUGCUGCUGUUGCAUAACGCUACCGGAUAACUAUCAAGAAAGCUCACUUGCAAAGAAAAAUUUUCUCAAAACGAGCAUGGAUAAGAUUGGAGCAGCUAUGCUCUCUCUCCCCGGGAAGGUUGCCGUCAUCGUUAUAACGGGAGCUCUCUUUGGUAUCAACCUCUAUGGAGCAAUGAUGCUAAAGCUGUCUUUUGAUCAGAACCGGUUUUUGCCUCCUGACUCGAUGUCUUACAAGUAUACGCUCGCUAACAGCAAGUAUUUUCCAGUAAACGGAGCCCCUGUGAGCAUAUAUACAGGAAAGUUCGAUUACUUUAAAGAACAAGAUAAACUUCACAGGGUCUACGACAUUGCAGUCAGUGACAAAAAAUAUAUAAUUUCUAGUUCCAUAAACAGCUGGUAUGAAGAGUUUGUUAACUGGGCUAUUGAAAAGAAACCAGGACAGUGUAUUCAGGAGAGGAAGAUCACCAACGAGACUUGUUUUUAUCCGUGGCUCGACGAGUUCCUUCGUACCUCUGGUCUAAGUUAUCAAAGUGACCUUAUGACUGAAAAUGGGACUAGUCAGCUUCCAUUACAGAUUUUGGCAUCUCAGAUAAGGCUGAGGCACAAAAACUUGGACUCAACGCGAGAAGAAGUGAAAGCAAUGGAGAAUUUGCGAGACAACAUCAAAACUGUGUUUCCUAAUGACAGCCUCGGAUUUCCGUAUUCACCGUAUUACUUUACAAGUGAAACAAAUAAGAUCAUUGCAACGGAGCUUUACCGAAACAUGGGCCUAGCACUUUUAACAGUUUUGGUGGCUACUCCGGUCGUGCUGUCAAGCUUGAGGACGUGCCUUUUUGUCUUUACCUGUGUUGGGUUUACAUUGGUUGGAAUAAUGGGCACAAUCCAUUUCUGGGGUCUGACAAUCGAUAUUGUGACUACCAUGUUCCUUGUGUUGGCCGUAGGAUUGUCUGUGGAUUAUUCAUCCCACAUCGGACACACUUUCAUGAUAACAUCUGGUUCACGAAAGGAACGAGCGCUGACCACUCUACGUGACAUGGGGCCUGCAGUAUGGAAUGGUGGAUUUAGUACUUUCAUAGCCAUUGGUCUUCUGGUGUUUUCCAAGUCUUAUCCAACAUUAACUUUCUUUAAGGUGUUUUUUUGUGUGGUGUUUUAUGGAUUAUUUCAUGGCCUGUGUUAUCUUCCCGUGUUGCUCUCCGUGAUUGGAACUUCCCCAUAUGAUUCUUCUGAGGUAAACACAGAGCAGAGUCCAGCAUCCACCAAGCCUGAUGAUGGCACUGAUCAUAAAGGAGCUCAUAUCAAUCUUACAAUAGCAACAAGCAGUGGAGAUCUGUUAACUAAUGGGGCUCCUCAGCAAAAAUCCUCCCUUAUGGCAGUUGAAGAAUUGGAUGCCGUAACAUUAUUUCCUGAAAGUGAAAGAAAGAAAAGUGAAUGAAGAAUAAUUUUCAGACAACAGAUCUUAAUAAAUCUUGAACUUUGAAUGAGGACAUACAUGUAUUUAUUUAGAUUACUUGUUAAUGAAAUAGAGGGAAAAAAAUUAAUACUGAAUUUCUGAAUGCACUCUUGAGUAAUCAGUCACAGGAAGCCCUUUAAGUUAAUUAAUAACAACAAACAGGUGAAUGAGCUGAAUGAAAUUUUAUUUUUGUACAAACAUACCAGGACAUGGAAAAUUAGGCCUGCUAAGAAACUUUCAACUUUGAAAAUAUUAAGUUAGUGCUUUUUCAAACAAAGUUAAAGUGCUCAAAUGCUUUCAGAUUACUAAGAAUCUAACUAAUCAUGAGCAAGUAAUUUUGUGCUCUUCAGAAGUAAAAUUAAGAAAAAAAUACCCUCUUCAUUGACCAAUCAGCAUUUAGUAACUUUGCCCUCUAUGUUAUUAAUAUAACAAUUAACAGCAUUUAAAACAUAAUCAUUUACUUAAGGAUAAUUUUUGAAAUAAUUAUAACAUCAACAUGUAUGUAGUGUAACAGUGCACAUUGCAAGCUUUGUGGGUCACUAUUGGGUUAAUUUCAUACAUUACUUCUAAUCAAGGGAAAUGAAAUAAAAAAUUAAAUUGAGAAGUGA